AUGCCAAAAUGUACUGACAAGGAAUCAAAAUUUGAGCCAAGGAACCAUGAAUGUUACAUCGAAAUUAUAGAGCCAGCUUUUACAAACACCACUACAGAAAUCAUCUUUGCAGGAACACUCCUCCUCACCCAGAAUAACCCCUUCCCAGUCAUAAUAUCUCAAAACCGAAAUUGGCUUCCGCAUUCAGGACAUCUGCGUCCAGCAGUCACAUGGGAUCAAGAGGAAAAAUUACGUGUUAGGGGGACAAUGAUGAUCACAAGUAAUUAUUCCGUUGGAAAUAACGAACUUCAGGAAGGAUUUCUUAUGGCUGUAGAUCUUGGUCAGAACAAUGGUCCUAUUGGGCCUAGACAAACUAGACCUUCAUUAAUCAGAGGGGGAGCUGAAAUUUGUCAACAAUCCUUGAGUCAGAAGUUCUAUUGA